AUGCGCCGUGUGUCGCGAUGUUGUCGCUCGGAGGCUGCGCUCGCCGCCGCGGCUCACUCUCUCCGCGGCGAGAGUGAGCGCCACAUCACGUACUGUGCCCAGCCAUACACGGUGACCCUCAGUCAGUCAGCCAGUCAGUCAGUCAGUCAGCCGCAGUGCAGUGCCACGCAAUAUGAGAGACGUCUCUACCCGGAGCUCACAGUAGCGGCCGGCGUCAGGUGGUCCACAGAAGGCAUGGGGCGCGGGGGCGCGGCAGGGGGCGCGGCGGGGGGCGCGGGCGGGGGCGCGGCGGCGGGCGGCGUGCUGGCCGUCGAGCUGUGCGCGCCGCUGCUGCUGCUGUGCUGGCUGUGCUGCUGGCCCGACGACGCCAGCUCAGAGAGCUCGGCCGGCAGACACCCGCAGCGGCCGGUGCUGGCCGCCGUCCCCGAGCCGGGGUCGCGGCGCUCCAGCGGUCUGCUCGGCCGGCGCGCCGCCUCCAGCGCCACGUCGCUGCACCUGCCCAGCACCUCCGGCUACAAAAAGCCACUGUCAGCCCAUCGCAGCCACGAGGAGAUAGGAGGGCGGCGCAAGCUGUCGAGCCACGAGCCGGGCGAGGCGGAGGCGCGGUACCACUCGGCGCCCAGCGUCAUCGACGAGGUACUGCACCGCCGCGACUGGGAGCGCUCCACCAAGGACCUCUACAUCCCGCUGCGCCCAGAGCCCGGCCCGACCGAAGCUGGCGACAGUCCCAACGAGAACAGCGACAGCCUGGCCGAGGCCAGCCCCAGCCCGCAGGCGGCCAGCCAGAGCCCGGCCUCGGGCCGGCCCUGCAAGAAGCACCACUCCAACAUCAAGUCGUCGCGGCGGCGCAAGGAGAGCGCCGACACGGACGAUAAGGACACGGACGCCACGGAGCCCGGCUGUUUCUACAUCGGCGAGCGCGAGCAGGACGCCGCCAGCCUGUACCGCGCCAAGGGCGACAAGCAGACCUUCAACGAGUCGCUGCGCAGCCGCGGCUGCCUCGAUGACGUCAUCGAGCAGCUCGACCGUCUGCAGCCGCUGGACCGCUCCGGCGCCACCCACCACACCAUCGAGUCGCGUCUCAGCCUCGCGCGCUCCGUCUACCCGCCGCCCUCUGUCGAGCCGGUGGGGUACGAGGGCGGCGCGUGCUACCUGGCGGAGCGCGGCGCGCUGGCCGACCUGCGCGCCUGCGCACUGCGCGCGCGACACGCCAGCGACGGGGACAUCCUCGCGCCGCCGCUGCGCCCCGAGUCCGGCGCAUUCUCAGAGAGCGACCUGGACCUGGACCUGGACCUGGACGCGGCGGAGGAGCGGCCGCCGCCCUACGACGAGCUGCAGCGGUACGCGGCCGACCACAAGGAGACCGCCAUAUAG